GCAGUUCCCUCAUUUAUUUAUUCACUUAGUUAUGUGAUGUGUUUAAUGUUUUGUAUUAGUCUAUUAAUCUUAGUGCAUUUUUAUCGAUAUAUUUCACUGACCGACAGCAUUAAAAAUUUAAAUUGAAUGAUAUGUGUUGAAAGACGAUGAUUGGUCAAGUAGUAUGCCAGUGUUUCGAUGGAUAUCACUAACAAGUUAAGUGUGUGCUCUUAUGUAAUCGAUUGACUAGAGUAUAACUGCUGUUGUUUAUUGUCAACAGUGACUGAUACAUUGAGAUUAGAACUCAUCACACUACUUGGAAUGGAAUAUGUAACUUCAUUUGAGAUUCUGUUACGGCUGGUCUUUGUUUAUAUUUCUUUUUCUACGACAGUUCAAUCGAUUGCUUGUUUGGUUGUAGUUUGUUGGUGUUCUCGCCGAACUUGUAACCGACUGAUAAUUACUAAUCGAAGCUCCAAAAUCAUAUAAUUUAUAUUCUGUAAUGACUAGCAUACUAUAUGGAAAAUGCGAUUACUUAAAAUUUGUUUUGUUAUUAACUUUUAUUGUAAAUUCUGAAAUAAAUUCUGACUUGAUUGUAGCUUCAUUUCUAUUGUCUUCAUGCGCCAUGAUUACCAUAUUUUCAUCUGUAGAUCCUGAGAUUUCAGAUAUCAACAAUACAGUAGAAUCUUGUUACAUUGAUAAGGUUCGUACUGUGCAUAGUCAAGGUGCUUUUGGUAGUCGAGGCUAUCAGUCACCAUGGCUAAUAGAGGAAGCGGAGAAAAAUUUGUUGCGUACACAUACAACAGCAGUGAGCGCCCGUAUGCUUUAUGCAUUAUCUAAAAAGCGUGACAGUUUGUCGUCUGUUGGAUACCAACGUGAGCGCAUUAUGUCAGACGUUAUCAUUCAGUGAUGUAUAGUUAGUUUCCUUCUGUAUUAGAAGCAUUAUAAGACGGUCAUUACAUUUUCAGUUGAAAGCGGAGCUUCACCUUAUUUUAUGAUCACUAUUUGUGAUAUCUUGAUGUCUGCAAAAGCACUAAUCGUUGACUCUGUAAAUAGAAAGAAAAAUGAUGCUCAGUCGGCUACUCCCAAGAGACCUAAGAAACCAGAGGGUCUCCGCUUGAAGGAAAAGAUAAGACGACGAAAAUUGAUCACAGUGGCUCGUAAAAAGGUGGUACGCCGACAAACUUAUAUGCGGUUAAAAUCUCUCAUGAAGCAACGAGCGGAAAAAUACAUGCAUGAGUACCGCAGAAUGGCAAAGCGGGAAAUCACGUUGCAACGUAAUGCUAAGAAGACGGGAGACUUCUAUGUUCCAGCUGAACCAAAACUCGCAUUUGUCGUGCGAAUUCGGGGUAUUAACGGUGUCCACCCACGCCCAAGAAAGACUAUGCAGCUUUUUCGUCUUCGGCAAAUCAACAACGGGAUGUUUGUACGAUUAAAUAAGGCAACUCUUAACAUGCUUCGAAUAAUUGAUCCAUACGUCGCUUGGGGUUAUCCUAGUCUUAAAAUUAUUCGUCAACUCAUUUAUAAACGCGGAUUUUGUAAGUACCAUGGUACACGGCUCCCUUUAACAAAUGAGCUAAUUCAACACAAACUUGGACAUCUUGGUUUAAUAUGCGUUGAGGACCUUGUACAUGAAAUAUAUACCGUUGGACCAAACUUCAAACAUGCUGUUGCUUUUCUAUGGACAUUCAAGUUGAACAAUCCUAGUGGCGGUUUUCGCAAGAAAGGAAAGCACUUUGUCGAAGGUGGUGAUUUCGGCAACCGAGAAACCUAUAUAAAUCGAUUACUUAAAGCUAUGAUUUAA